UUACCAGGUCACCUGUCACUUUACCAGCAUCGUCUCUCCAAAGUAGAUGUGAUAACCAAAUCGUGCUGUGUCUGAAAACCCCAAACCCUAAAGGAGACAAAAAAAAAAAAAAAACCUCGGCAAAUAAACGUCAAAAAUGGAAAAUGAAGCAAAGCUAAGCAUAUACAGAGCAACGAGGGCUAUAAAACGCAAAGACAACACUCUCUACAACGCACUAAGAUCAAUUUACGAGGACUCAAUCUUUGUCGGCGAAAUCUCCCAGCUGUGGCCCCAAGUCCCCCUCGUCGCCAACCUCCGUUGCGGUCUCUGGUAUUCUCCGAACUUUCAGUCCACUUGUUACUUUAAAUCCACCGACGGUCACACCAAUAAUUGGUCUUUUAAUACCUCCCGUCUCAAUUUCCAUAUCGCCCUUCUCGCCGGACAGAAAGGAGGAUGUAUUAUAGUUGAUUCGACGCGGAGAGGGAAGCGGUUCCCUGAUAGUAUGUCGAAAACAAUACCUAUUUGGACAUGUGUUUUGAAUCGCUCUGUUUUCAAUUAUUUGAACAAGUCGCGUAAUGAAUCUAAUGAUGAUGGCUCGUUGCUGGAGCGGGAUUCAGAUGCAGGGCAGAAUUCUGUCGAUUGGGAUUGUUCAUUGCACCUUCCCCUUUGGGUUUCUGGGACAGAGAAGGCAGCAAUUGAGGAUCGGUUAGAAGGAUGGACUAAAGACCUAAAUGCGAGUGGGGCUGAUAUUGCGGCUCUUGCCUUGUGCUUAAAAAAGCCCUUGCGUCCUUUAUGGAUUUCUCAGAAAACUGUCAUCUGGAUAAAUGAAGUACCUGAUCAUGAUUCUUGGGAUUUCACGCCAAUAAUUCUUGUUUCUUCCUCUUCCUCUACUGGUGUAACUCAACAUAGGACUACCUCAGAGUUUAGCUGGAAUUAUAUACCAGGAGCUGGAGAUGAUGAAGAAAGCUGGGCUAGGGGAUUGUCUCCUAAUCUCUUUUGGAAUCAUGCCUAUGAUCUUAUUAGCUCCGGGCCAGAUAUGUGUAACCAGAAGGUUGCUGAUAUAGUUGAGAAGGACAGAGUAUAUCGUGCUCAAAGGGGGCAGAAUACUCCACAGAUCACUGCCAAGACCACAAUAUCUGGAACUUCACCUAAUCUUCCUUGUUUAGACCCCCUGUUAUGUUCAGAUAUUUCAAACCUUAACAUUAGCUCUUCUGAUGGAGAAUGUGGAAUAUUUUGGCUAGGAUCUACUAAUGUUGCUCUGGGCUCCUCUCAAGUUGCUGAAAAUGCAUCUAAUGUUGAUUGCAUAUUGAAUUGUGAUCAAAGGUCAAUUUCCGUCUGUCUUUCAGAGGCUGAAGCAUAUUUGCAUCUUCCUAUUGUGAAUUCAAAAUUGGAUCGGUUUUCCUUGUUUAAUAAUCUUUCUUCCGCGGUUAGCUUUGCAAAGCUAAAUGUUACAAAAGGGAGAACACUUCUUAUAUGUUGCCAUGAUGGGGAAGAUAUUAGUGUAUGCGUUUGUCUGGCAAUCUUGAUAUUGUUAUUUGAUGAUGAAGGGUCCUUUGAUGGUGGCAAAUCCUUCAGUGAGACAUGUAUCACGAAAUGUGAGAUGCGGCGACGACUUGUGUAUAUUUGUAGAUUUGCAAUAAAGGCCAGGCCAUCCAGAGGAAACCUCAAACAAGUCUUCAGUUUUCUUAAUACUGGAAGAGCCGCCUAAUUCCUGGAUGUUUGAUCAGCUCUCUUCAGAUGUAUACACUGAAAUGAUACUGACUGGCAGAAUUAUUACUCAAUUGUAGUUUUCAGGAAAGCCAGAAGAUCUUUGGUGAAAACUGAAAGUUUUGCAUUGUUCUUUUCUAAUGAAUAUUUUAUGUACCAAUAGAAAUUAAAUGAAUGUUUUGGUAAAGUCAGAAAGGGAAUAGUACAACGUACCAAAAAAAAAAAAAAAAAGGUGGACAAUAACCUUUUACGAACAUUGUUGUAUCAGACUCUCGUAUCAAGUCUAUGUUUUCUGUUAUGGUGUUUUUAUUGACCACCAGCAUUAAAUGUGAGUUGUAUCCCAUGGAAAUUGCCCUUUU